GUCGCGCGUUCAUUGUCGCCGCCGCAGUGCCAGUAUUUACCCGCGUGUCAGUGUUUGUUGCCGUGCCGUACCGGUUAUACCGCGCCGACGAAUUAUUUUGAUUUUUUUUAAAGUUAAUAAUAAUUUCUAUUUUUUCAAAAUCACAUACUUACACUCUCCGUUUGUUUUACCGUCGGUUUUUUUUUUUACGCUCGUGUUACCAAUUUUAUUAGCCGGGAAACGCGUGCCAACAGCGGAUCCGCUCUCCAGGUGUUAGACAAGCAAUAAUUCACCUGAGACUUCACCAUGUUGAAGCACGUGCACCGAGCCAAGAGCUCCGACACGAUGAGCAUCGUGUCCACAUCAAAUUCGUUUGUCGGCCAAGAGCCGGCCAUGUCUAGCAGAUGUUCCAGUGUCUCUUCGCUGAACAUAUCCAACCCGGUGGCCACCAUUAAAGUGUACACGAAAUGUCUUCGUGCCGAUCUCGAGUACAAAACUCUCGGGUUGGCCUACAGCACUACUUGUAGCGAGGUGAUCUCCAUACUGUUGAACAAGUACCGGAUGCGUCACAGGGACCCAAAUUUGUUUUACAUGACCAUGGAGAUAAACCUCAGGAAACUCGGCCUAAGGACGGUGUUCGUUUUGGACAACGAGUCUUGUCCCGCUGUGCUGCAGUCGUGUCAUCCGCUAGGCGAGUCCAGGUUUUGUCUGCAGUCGAAAAAAGGAGGUCUGGUGAAGAUCUACGACGGCGAACUGAUGCCGGGGUCUAAGUACAAAAGCUUGCUGAUCUCCGAACGGACCACCGUCGACGAACUCAUCCGGAUCCUCUUGAACUGUUACAGCAGCAAAGAACAAGUGGAACAGUUCUCGUUGUACGAGGUGUCUAAAUCCGAAGAAUACCAGCGCAAACUCCACCACGACGACACGCCGUUGACGGUACAAUGCUUUUGGCCGUACGAUUGCGAUUACCAUUUCCUGUUGAAAAGAAACGUCGACUACAAAUCCAAAAAAAUUGAAACCAGUUGGAACGACCAAUGCAAAGAAGAAAGCACCAUGAACGACUAUGAAAAUUUCUUUUACAUUUAAUUCGGCCAAAAGGUUCGCCACUCGACCAGAAGACGGCAUUUACUGUUACGCUCUCUUGUAAGGAUAAACCGCAAAGAAGCUCGUCGUCGUCCGUAUCUUUCACACCAAGUCUUGUUUUUACUGUUUUUUUUUAAUUAUUAUUAUUAUAAUUAUUCAUAACGAUUGUAUACAAUAACGAUAAUCGAUCGCACAAAUUAUAUAUU